AGUUGCGUCGAAGGUUUUGUCCCGAACCAUCUUUUGCUCCAAAUUUUGCAUCGAUCUGCUCGCUUGUUGGCCUUUGUCUCGAUUCUGGAUCAUUAAGUGUUGCAACCUUCUCACCAUCACCGGUGCAGCUUCGGUCUUCCAACUAUUUCCCUCGUGAGUAAGUUUUAAGCUGCAGCCAUGGGGGACAGCCAGUACUCGUUCUCGCUUACCACCUUCAGUCCAUCUGGGAAGCUGGUACAAAUCGAGUAUGCCUUGAUGGCUGUAGGUGCAGGUCAAACUUCCCUCGGAAUCAAAGCCUCAAAUGGCGUGGUAAUUGCGACAGAGAAGAAGCUUCCAUCAAUUCUUGUUGACGAAGCCUCGAUUAAUAAAAUUCAGUCAUUGACCCCAAACAUCGGAGUUGUCUACAGCGGUAUGGGUCCCGAUUCUCGUGUUUUGGUUCGCAAAAGCCGGAAGCAAGCACAAACAUAUCAGCGACUUUACCAGGAACCUAUUCCAUUGUCACAGUUGGUUAGAGAGACAGCUGCAGUAAUGCAGGAGUUUACACAAUCAGGGGGAGUGAGACCUUUUGGUGUCUCCUUACUGAUGGCUGGCUUUGAUGAUAACGGCCCCCAACUUUAUCAGGUAGAUCCAUCAGGAUCAUACUUCUCAUGGAAGGCAUCAGCAAUUGGCAAGAAUGUGUCUAAUGCGAAGACUUUCUUAGAGAAAAGGUAUUCUGAUGACAUGGAACUCGAAGAUGCUAUUCACACUGCGAUUCUGACCUUGAAGGAAGGCUUUGAAGGUCAAAUAUCGGGGAAGAAUAUCGAGAUUGGCAUCAUAGAUGAGAAGCGUGUUUUCAAAGUUUUGACUCCAGCUGAAGUGGAAGACUACCUUGCUGAAGUAGAGUAAUUUUGCUAGAAAUUGAAUCAAUUGUUCUGGUGUAUAGAAGAUGCAUCUCUUGACAAGUUGGUUGUUAGAGGACCGGUUCUAUUCAUUUGGAUGUCGGUUCUUACUGAGAAGCGGGUAGAACAUUAUAAAGGUUAACAAUUCUAAAUCAAUGCAGUCACAUCAUUUGCUAGUUGUGUCGUUAAAGACCA